GGGCGGGGCUUCGUAUCACAAGAAUGAAGACGAUCGGCGGGCAAACAUUUCAUUUCACGCGUUGAAUUUUAUUUUCCCACGGAAAUUUUUCAUAUUUUUGUAUUUUCUCGCCACAGACGGUAACAAGGGACUAAGAAAAAGGCGCAGGCUCGUGUGAACGAAGAAUGAUGACUACACGAGGGAUCGUCCAACGAGAGUAAAUGAGAGGUGAGCUCUUACACUGGCCGUCUGGAUGACAAAAUCGUCUUCAUUUAUUGGACACAGAAGUGAAGUUUCAGUCGACCACCUCCUCGCCUGUCACACAUCUCCUUUCAUGAUACACUUGCAGCCUUAAUAAGACAACACACACACACACACACACAAAGUACCAACAUGGCCGAGCAGCAGGAGGAGGCAGAAGAUGUGUUUGUGGAGCACCAGUACAUGUGCAGCGAGUGCCACCAGCUCUUCAACACCCUUGAGGAUGUGCUGAUCCACCAGCAGAUCCACACCGGCCAAGAGGUCGAAGGAGAAGGGGAGGUCAUGACCAUCCAGGGCGUCUCAGAGAUGGGGCAGACCCAGCAGUACCAGUGUCUGGAGUGCGGGGCCCUGCUCGUGAACCCGGAGGAACUUCUGCAGCACCAGGAGAUGCACAUGAGAGAGGCGGGGAUGGAGGUGGAGCAGCAGGAGCUGUGUGAGGUUUUGGAGGCAGAGGAAGGGUCGGAGGGGCAGAUUUCAGGACCGGUUCAGUACCAGUGUCUCGACUGUCUGGCUCUGUUUGACUCACCUGAGACCUGGCUGGAGCACCGGAGGACCCACAGCAGGAGCAGCACGCACAGUAACACCGAGGCCGUGGAGUAUGUGCUGCAGCCUGAUGGCACCGUCACUCCACUAAACAACGUGCAGAACUACGUGCUGAGCGAGCAGCAGGCUGGGGAGAUCUUGGCACAGGUACUCGCUCAGCAGCAGCAGCAGCAGCAACAGAAGAAACGUCCGUCUGUCUCCAAACCUUCUGCUUCCUCCCGCUCCUCCCUGCUGCCUCCAGUGACGGCGAUCCCCGGCUCUGCCACCAUGCACCUGCAGAUUCUCACCGCUCAAGCUCUGGCAGACAACCCCGCCACCCCCAGUCAGCGCCGCUCCAAGCUGCCCCCGCUUUUGCCUGCUGUGGCGCGGGGCUCUACGGGAAAGCUGGGUGUCCUGGAGAACGGCGUCCAGAGACUGGAGCUAAGGUUGGCCCCCAGCGUCCAGGACGACGCCCAGCAGCAGACAGAGGUGGUGGUCAUCCACCCGUAUGAGUGCUCCGAAUGCUCCCUUCUCUUCCAAACCCCAGAGGACUUCCUCCAGCACCAGGGAGAGCACUUCCUGUGUCAGGACAAAGAGAGCGGAGAGCCAGGCGUCAUGAGCUGCUUUGAGGACGCGAGAGGGAGGGAAGAGACGACAGAGAAGGCGGAGGACAUGAGAAUUAGAGUAGCAGAGAAGAAAACAACAGUCUGGACCAAAACUCAGCAGUGCGAGCUCUGCAAACGCACCUUCACCUCCGUCAACCGGCUGGCUUCUCACAAACGCGUCCACGAGCAGGGCACGCAUGAAUGUCCAGAGUGCGGCAAGGUGUUCAAGAAGGCGACGUCACUGCAGACGCACAUGCGCACGCACUCGGGCGUGGCGAGGUACCUGUGCGUGGACUGCGGCAAUGGCUUCACCACGGAGAUGACUCUUAUCAUGCACAGGAAGUCCCACACUGCAGAUCCUCUUCACAGGUGUCAGUUCUGCAACAAAACCUUCACCAACAUGACCAAGUACCUCUACCACCGAAGAACCCACCUCAACCGUGAUUCGUCUUACCCUUCUACCACCAUCUCCAUGGUCUCGGCUCCAGUCAGAGCUUCUCUCUCUGCUCUGGCGAUCCUCCAGAGAGCGAGAGAGAAGAAUUCCCACACUGAUGAGGAAAACCUGUUGGCUCCUCUCACGGAGGAUGAGAUGGAAAAACUGGAAGAAGAUCCAGUGCAGAGUUGUCAGAUCAAAGUUCAAGGAGGGGAAGUGGAGAAGCAGGGGGAGGACAGCAACAUGGACGUCUCUGCCCCACCCGAGGGCAACACGGCUGACCCUCGGCAGGUGGAGGACGCCCCUGAGUCUGGCUUAGCUUCAGACGCUGCCGGUGAAGUCAAAGCUGAAGCUGCGUCCUCGGACAAAGGGCCUUUUUCUUGCCGUUCGUGCUCUAAGACCUUUACCUCCCAGCUGCAGCUCGUCCGCCACCGACGCAAGGCCCACAUCCCCGAGCGCAGCUUCGUUUGUGGCAUCUGUGGCAAGUCUUUCAAGAAGCAGAUCCACGUGCGCAACCACAUCCGCAUUCACACCGGCGAGCGGCCCUUCCAGUGCUCCGACUGCGGCAAAACCUUCUCGUCUCUCGCCAACCUGAUGAGGCACAAUCUCAUCCACUCUGGCGUGCGACCGUACCGCUGCGAUGUCUGCCACCGCUCCUUCUCACAGUCCUCUAACCUCCGUCAGCACAGUCUGCUGCACUCCAGUGCCGCAACGCUGUGCUGCCCGGACUGCCCCGCCACCUUCCGCUGGCCCACCAAGCUAGCGGCACAUCGAUACACCCAACACCCCGGGGCCCCGGCUCCUUUCCCGUGCCCCGACUGCGACGCUGGCUUUCUGACCAGGAGACAACGAGACAAUCAUUGUCUGGAGCAGCACCCCUUCAUGGCGCAGGCGGGUGCAGAGAGAGAAGCAGGCAAAGAGACGGACAGCCAGACUGAGCCGAGCAAAGAUCCGACCGCAGAGCCGUCCACCUCCGCCGCAGCAGAGACACAAUCAGGGGAUUCAGCCGCGCACGUGCGAGGGGGUCUAGAUUGUCACAUCUGUGGGAAGAAGCUCAACUCUCCGGCCAACCUGCGACUUCACAGACUGAGCCACUUCGCCUUAGGCCCCGGGCGGCCGCGGUGCCCCUCCGGAAAGCGUCCUAAAGCCCACCAGUGUCCCAUCUGCGGCAAACUGUUUGUCUCAUCCUCCGGAGUUGCACUUCACCAGCGAGUCCACACCGGCGAGCGCCCCUUUCCUUGCCAAGUGUGUGGCAAAUGUUUCCGUCAGAACACUCACCUGCGAGAGCACCUGCGCACACACUCGGGCGAACGCCCAUUUCGCUGCGAAGUGUGCGGCAAGGGUUUCAUCCAGAGCAUGCACCUGGCCGAACACCGCCGAACGCACACGGGCGAGCGGCCGCACGUUUGUCCGCAGUGUGGAAAAGCCUUCAAGACGUUCUCCAACCUGAGGAACCACAAAAAGACCCACGCCAGGCAGCAGAGGCUGGAUGAAGAGGCGGCUGCACAGGCCGCCGUGGAGUCCAGCUCUGCCGUGGCGGUGGUGGACGCUUCGGCAGUGGAACUAGCGAACAGGCAGCCUCAGCUCAUACAGAUCCAAGCCGCAGAUCUUCAGCAGACACAGGGCACUCCUACCAUCAUGUGUAAUGAGUUUGGGGAGACGAUAGCCAUCAUUGAGACCAGCGAGGGAGGAGCGCUGCCUCUGGAGCAGGCUUUGGAGAUCUACCACACAGCUUUGGAGAACGGCCUCGCCAUGGACACAGUCGCUGUGGACGGACUGCAGCUCAUCUGAGGAUGAGUACAAGCGGACAGAACACAAAUCCUCCUGAAUUGACAAGUUCAGUACUUGUCCUUAUACUGACACUGACUAAAGACUAAUUGACUACUGAGAGGUUGAGUAUUCUGGAUCAGAUAAUUAAGUACUCUACAGGAAUGCUGUAAAAUGACAAAAAGCAUAUUAAGUUCAGCAAACAGACCAAAGUAAUUCAUCUUCCCUGUUUUACAACACUAUGAGAUGGAUCAGUGUUAAAGUUUAUUGAAAAGUGCAAACUGAAAUCAUAGAUAUGCCAUUCAUUAUGAUUAAGGACCAUUGGGUGUGCCUCAGAUGACAUUUGUAUCAUUAAUUUGAUCAUUUAUACAAAAUGGAUGUGAUUUUUCUUCUGUUUAAAGGGUUGAUCGUGCUGUUGUAAAUAGAAAUCAAUAAAUGUUUUUCCAAGA